AGGAUCUCUGACUGAGCUGGCUCCCGUCGUGAAGGCGGCAUCUGAUGCUCUGUCCUGGUCCGUUAAGAAGCUCCUAGUCCAAUUAGCUCCAGAGGACUGUACUGAAAUCCACGCGUGUUGGCCCAGUUGGGACUUAAAAACUCGCGGGUUCGACGGUGGACAUGAGCGCUGCUGCUCGGCGUGGACCUGACGCGACAGCCCGCCAUCAGCAGACGACCUGGACCACAGGAACCGCGCUGUCAUGAAGAUGGUGGUGUGUUUUGAGCGGUAGCUGACAGACGCAGUUUUUGGUUUACACGCACGCACGCACGCGAUAAACCUUUAAUUUUUAAGCUCGCGCAGCACUUUUGUUGCAGUUGGCCUGCUGCACGCGCGUCAUCUUGGCGACUCCGCCGAGAGUUGCCUCGCGGACUGUCGUGUGGAAAGUGUCAGGUUAAAGAUGGAAACGGUCACGGAUGUGCUGCUGGUCACCGCGAACGUCGGUUCGCUCUUUGACAACGUGGGUGAAAUUCAAAAUGGGUGGUUACAAGAAUUAUAUAAGACAGUCCAGAAAUGCAAGCCUCAGUUCAUCGCCCUGCACUUCCAGGAGGUGGGAGGGAAAGACUACGUGGUCAACAUGGGUCAAGCAGAAAACUUCUUCUGGAACAUUGAGUCCAGUAAGGAAAUGAAAGACUUUGACAGGGUCUGCAUUUAUGUUGACAACAAGUUCCAAGCAGAAGACAGCUUCACGGCUUUGGGAAGCAUGUACUUCAUCCACAAGACACUGAAAAAUAUCUAUCAAUAUGACUUUAAUGUUAAGGAGUUCAAAGCAGUGGUGGGGCAGAAGUGCGUGGGCUCUCUGGACAGGGUCACCACUGUGGAGAAAGAAAAAUUCCCAAAGAAUUUCUGGCCCGAUUUCAAGUGGUCUAGAAAGGGCUUCAUGAGGACCCGCUGGAUCAUCCACAACCAAGGUUUAGACCUGGUCAACGUCCACCUGUUCCACGAUGCCUCCAACCUCAUUGCCUGCAAUUCCAGCCCUUCCAUUUAUUCAGCCAACCGUAAAAACGCCCUCAAAUAUGUCAUCAACAGGUUAUCAGACAACCGCUACACUGUGCUGCCUUUUUUCCUGUUUGGGGACUUUAACUUCCGUCUAGAUACUCUAAGUCUUGUUCAGCACCUGUCCACUGAAGCAGAUGUGCAGACAGUAAAGAAGGACAGCAGUAAUGAAUUGGAGAAAAUCAUAUACGAAGAAAAAAACAACGACCACCAGGUGCUGCUUCAGAUCGAGGAGAAGCUGUUUGCCUACCUGCACCAGGCGGUUUUCAGAGAGGACAACGGUGAAGCACUUGUGAAGUAUGAUAAAGAAGUCCAGGCCUUUCAUGAUGUUAUUACAGAAGAGGACAUCAAGUUUCCACCCAGCUAUCCCUACAGCGAGGACUACACUCAGCCGACGCAAUACAUGAACACUCGCUGUCCCGCCUGGUGUGAUCGGAUCCUCAUGUCACACACGGCCCAGGAUCUCAUCCACAGGAGCACUGAUCCUGAUGAGAAGCGUGUUGUUUACAACACAAUGGGUCCUAAUGUUUGUAUGGGAGACCACAAGCCCGUUUUCCUGUUUUUCUCCCUGAAGACGGAUAGCCAUUGACUGGGAUGCUUCUCAAUGGUCUACAACCCGCUCACCUGCAGCAGAUAAUCGGCACGAUCAUCAGCCAUCGGCAUCAUCGGGGCCGUGAACUUUCUGCUCUCGCAUCACUGGUAUUAGAUCUCACUGCUACUGUACACCUGUCAACCACAGCUCCAGUGUCACGACCACGGAUGUGUUCACACUUACUCAGAUCCUACACCCACCUCUCUGAGCUUUAGUGUCUCAAAGGUCUCAGUUUGUAAGAACCUUCCUGGAACUUCUGCUCGCAGCUGAUGAGACUGUUGUUAUGAAAGUAAAAUGAGGUUCUUCCUGUCCCUAAAUAAUUUAUUAAAAACCCUCCAGUCAGGCACCAGUGCAGCACUUAGAGUCAUUAUGGACGUCGUUAUUUGACAUGAGGAUCAACUCUCAGUAAUUAAUUAAUAAAGACCAUAAAAGUACAAUUAAUUUUCUUGAAGAAAAAACGUGUUUAGUCUGAUGUGUUGCUCUUAUUUUUUGUCACAUUUUUGUCAUUUUUUACUUUGUAGCAUUUUUCCACAGAGAAGGAAUGUUGCUCCCUCAGUUUCUUGUUGACGUGUUUAGUUUGGUUUUCUCCAUAGACAGAGCUGAACUAAUGUUUUACUGACCUGUUUUUUUUUAAUUGCACCACACACAGCAAUUUUGACUGAGUGACAAUGUUCUGAAGUCCUGAUAAAUGCAGUUUUGGAAUCCAUUGUUUAAGGUAGUGACCUUUGAUGGCAGCAACAUCAGCUUUUACCUGCCGCAAAUGGGGAAACUGAACAUGUUCCUCUGCAUAACUUAUAGUGAUGUUCUUUCUGUGUACUUUCUAUGUACUAACUGUACAUAAUACCAAGUGCUUUACCGACAAGCCACAGCUCCACAGUUCUCAGUUUGAUGUCUGAGUUUAGCUGUCCUCAGAGAAAACAUUCAAACAUUUCUCUCCACAUUUGUUCUGGUUCACAUUAAUCUUAUUUCUUUGCCAAAAGAGUUUUACUGUCAUCCUCUUGUAUUUUUUUUAGAAAAGUUUUUUUUUAUUCAUGGACUUCUUUAAACCUAGUGUAAAUGCAGUAUAUAUACAUGUGGACCCUCACACAACACAUUCAGCAGCACUGUUUGUUCAUGAUCGUUUUCUGACCAACUUUAUUAUUUAUUUUUUUUUUUGCUGUUUUACUGUAGUUUAAGUGCAGCAAUGUUUUUUUCUGUUCAGUUUGUUGUUUGGAUUUUAUUAAGAACUGUUUGAGUGAAAUAUGUCUGCUACUUGUUGUAUGUUGCUUCAUCGGAGUGUAAUGUGGUGAGACACCAAUCUAUAUUUAUACAGAAAAUACACAAGUUCACAAAUAUUCAUAGAAAGUUUAGUUAUUUACAUCACACUGCAUCAAUAUAAAUGUUAAAUGUUGAUUGAAACAGUUUAUAUUUAUUGUAAAAGAAGCAGAGUUGGUUGUAAGGCCAGUAUUACCUUUAGAUUAAGCAAACACUACGUUAUUAUUUUUUGCUUUACUUUUGUAAAUAAAAUGUUGCUCUCAGUAA